UCGCGGGGAAACAACGCACGGCGACACGGCGAGUCAGCGGUCCACCAAGAUGGCAGUUGGGUUUCACGUUUGAUGGGUACCGUAACUCGGAUGGGAAAUUCACGCGAGACACGUAGCGAGACCUCGAAAUUCUCCGCAGUGGCCGGCCCGCAGUACCCCGAGGAACUUCUAACCUAAAAGAGUCACCUUUUCCCGACACUCGGCUGGUCGACGCGUCGCGCAUCUUGGCAGCGGUGACACACGAACAAGCCGACACGAACUCGAUGUCCGAGAGGACCCUGCACAGCCUGAAGCUGUCCUACGACGAGCCGGAGACAUCUUCUUCGGGACCGGCCCCGAACUGUUCUCCGGAGGGCCUGGCAAACGGCGGGGCCAGGGUGGCCUUGGAACUGCAGGAGCAAGGGGCCACCUCGGUCGAUCUUGAGGAUGGCGAGGAGGCGUCGGGGCUGACCCCGAAGAAGAAGCCGAGCUACCUCGGGCUGGCCUGCAGCGUCAGCGGGUACUCUGGGAUCACCAGAUACGACAGUAAACUCAGGGAGGGCUUCCGGUCCAGGGACAGCAGUCCCGGGACCAGGCUCGUCGGCAGGGAUCCCGUGGGAUCGAUGGAGAACUCUCGGUCCACCGAGAACCUGGACUCCUUGCCGCUACCAAGGUCGUCGAAGAGCCAGGCCAUUUCUCCUUUAGCGAUGGACCAUCGAAACGGCUUCGACGCACACGAGAAGCAAGAGCUAGGGAGGCGCAUAGAUGGUGAUAACUCCAUGGACGAUCUUCGUCGUGGGUACUGCGAGGUUGACCGAGGCCUAUCCUCGUACCAGACAUUCUCCGAAGUCAGUCCCAUACGAGGAUCUUCCCCUCAAAGCCGAAAUGCUUCGGAGGAUGCUACUUGCGAGCAACGCCGGGCUGGUUUCCUCUCGAGCAGCGUUUCUAUGUCAACGCCAAGGCCAUUUCGCGCCAAUGCGUCCGAUGUUUCCUUUGGGGAGAGUAGCAUGUUAAAUGGAUCCACAACGGAGAUUAGUCACCAGGUUGUGAACACCAGCGAGAAGUCCUUCAUCCAACAACGCGUCGAGAGACUUUAUGGACCCGGUGCGCUCGCUCAGGGAUUCUUCUUCAAGCGCAGCCCUUCGAGGUCGACCAUGAACGAACGCAGCAUGGACAAAUCCUCGGGAAGUUGCGUGAAUAUUAGUAUCAGCAGGACUCGUGUAGAAGACAGCCACGAAAGCGAGGACAUAACGAACGGGGUCAGCGAUCAGUCCCUGAAAAGUCUGCCGGUUUUGAGGCAUCUGAGACCGGAGUUUCGAGCUCAACUUCCAGUCAUCAACACCAGGAGAAUAUCCCAGUGCUCACCUCGAAUAAACUUAGAGGACAAGGAUUCGAGAUCCUCCGUAGCGGGAGAAAAGUCCAGAGAACCUGAAAAAAUUGAAAUACGCAAGGUAGAGACCGUGAGUAGCAUGACAAUAGUCCCUGACCAUCAGCCAGCUGCUCCGGAAGUGGUGUUACCGGUGGCUGUAAGUGGUAAGAACUCGGCGUCCAUUUUGGCGCAUCCUGAAGAGGCCCCCGCGAGUGUGCAGGGCUUGAUAACGACGGCGGCAACGAUAACUCAAGAGGCAGCCACGACAGAAGCCACGAAGGAUGGGCAUUAUUAUAUCAAGUUACUCAAAGAGCAGACCUCGAGGUUGCUCUCUCUCGCCUCCAAGGCCGAGGCGGAAUUAGCGGACAGCGACCCUGCUGUACUUCCUGAAGAAGCGGCCGGCAAGCUGAGAUGCGCAGCGGGUAAAGCGAGGCUCCUAGCUAGUCAAAAGAUGCAACAAUUCGAGGGGCUCUGCCAGAAAAAUAUUAAUCAAGUUCCGGGCGAAGAGUUCCCCACGACGAACGAAGACCUCGCAGGGUUCUGGGACAUGGUGAUGCUGCAGGUCGUCCAGGUCAAUCAGCUGUUCGAACAGAUCGAGACCUUGAGAAGCCGCCAGUGGCAAGAGGUCGGCUUAGCCGAGGGAGAGGUAACCCCGAGUUCAGCUCAGAACGGCCACGCAACAAAACGCAGGACGACCUCAUCUCGUAGCGUAAAACCUAGACAAGUAGCAAAUACCGAAGCAAGUCGCAAAGCUCGCGAAGCCAGAGAGCAAGCUCGUCGGCAAAUGAUCGAAGAACGUCGACGAGCGAUCAAAUCAUCGGCACCAAAGGACCCUGAAGCCUCCGUGGCGAUUUUUGCCCCGAAGACGUAGCGAACCUCUGCUCUUCAGGGUCGCCCUGUCCCUCAUAAUCUCGGAAUCGUUCCUGGCUUUUCAGCGACGAAUACAGAGGAGCGACCAGCUUCGCCUGGUGGGCAUUCAAUGUCAAAGAUUGCUGGUCACUGCCAUGCAAUGUCGGAGCCGGCUGUCCGACGACUUCAGGAUCAGCUGAUCGUUGUCCGAGGCCAUGGUCAAGGCCGAAAAGGAUUGGACUCAGAAGAGGAUGAUAGUUGCUAGCGGAAUCCGCUGAUCGGGCUUUAUUUGAGUCGCUGAAUCGUUGCUAUUUGACUUUAGAAUUAGCUGGUUACUUUGGUUAGCGUUUUAAGGAUCGCUGAUAAACGUUGCUGGGAUCAGAUGUUGAGGUAGAUGGUCGGUGUUAAAGUUAGUUGUUCGGUUUUGAAUAGACAAGGUGAUCCCGGAUGUCCGGAUGUGUUAUUCCGUUGCGUUUGGAUUGGAUGCUUUUUAAUUGUUUAUUAUGGGAAAGAUAAAAUUGAAUUGCUAGAAAUGUUUACGAGGAGGGUCAGAAUCAGUGGCAACUGGUGUUUCUUAGAAGUAAAACCGUGGAAAAGGUUUUUAAUCGUCGGCGGCAGCGACAUAAGGUUUUAGGAUUUUAAUCAAAAUAAGGAUUGGUAGCACCGGAUUGGAUCCAGAGCAACGAUAGGUUUAUUAACGCCUGGGUUCACAGCGAUCGUUAAUAGGAUCAAAUGUAAUUAUUAUUCUCAUCCUCGUCCGGAUUCAGCAACGAUUACCAUUUCCAUCAUCACCAGGAUCCAUAACAGUAAAGAGAAUUAUCAUCGUCAGAAUCAGGAAACGAACAGAAUUUCUAUCAUCAGGAAUGACAACAAUGACGACUGCUUUCAUCGUCCCCAGGAUCUGAAGCAAUCGAUACGAUCUUCAUCAUCAGGAUGUACAGCAACGAACGCAAUUUUUAUCAUCAAAUGUGAUUUCCAUCGUCUUCGGAAUCCACAAUUGAUGCUACUUUUAUCGUCAGGAUCCAUGUCAAAGAAUACAACAUUUAUCCACAACAGGAAAUACAAUCUCCAUCGUUCCUAGGAUCCACAACGAACAUCACUAGAGUCCACAGCAAUAAUCAUCUUCACCAGAGUUUGGCAGCGACAACCGCGACUCGAUCGCUGCCAAUCUCAUUGUUGGAACCGAUCUCCAACUCGUCGCUUAUCCCUACCGAUAACUCGCAGCCUGUAAUUCGUAAAAACGACAGAAUCUAGACUGCGUAUUCGCGCGUCGUAAAUAGCGCGAUAACUACCGAGGGCCCCGAAUCUCCAAAUUGCGCCGCCCCGAAGAGUGGCGUCGCGCCGAUCGGUCAAUUUGCGCGAUUGGCUGUUAUAGAUUGCCUUUAAUCUCGCGGAACGUCCCGCAAAUCGCUGAUAUAUAAAUAUAUAUUAUACAAUAUUAUACGGCCUCGAAAAUGGCAGAAAGAAAGAGAUAGAGAGAGAGAGCCGCCUCGACGAAAUUCCUCCCUCGACGUCGCUCGCCUUUGUAGUAAUUUUAUUUCGUUAAUCCGAACUCUUGAAAUUUAUUGUUAAGACGUUUACAUAUUAUACGCCGUGUGAAAGGAUGUAUGUAUCUUUAUUAAAACACCUACGUGUGCCUGUCUCUACGCUAUUUCACGGAGGCGGAAGAUCGUUCCCCCUUUUCAAUUUCUACACUCGAUGUUGCGUCGCUCUCUGUUGUCUCCGUGGCAUUCGUCUCUUAUCUUUUUUCAUGUGUUAUUUUUUAUUGAAACAGGACGACGUCGAUCGAUCGACUUCAUUUUACGAUGUGAUUGUAAAGCCGUGUGCGACAUUGACCGAGAUCGUGGUCGCGAGUUCUGGCGAAUUUCGAGCGUACAUUUUUUACACUUGUUUCCCUCGUCGAGCGUAUUUUGAGACUUUUGUCACCUCGAGGACGUUUUAAUGGAUAAGAAGAACAAGUCGCACCCUCCCGCUACCGCGAGGAAUGUUCCUGUCACGCCUGCAGGUUGAUUACUAAUUCUCACUGUGAUUGACGGAAAUUCAUUUGGUAGUGCUCGUGAUUGAUCAUUUGUUUAUAUAACUCGGAGACUACUCGCUAAGUGUAUCGUUCGAUUAAAAAGUUUCGUUCCCUGAA